AUGGAAACCGGAACCUCCAUGACCGUUGAUCCAUCUUCCGCUGCGACCUCUGAAUCUGUUGUCACACCUGAUACCAUCUCCGCUGCCAUCGCCCAGGCUCUAAAGCAACAAGCAACCGAGUUUCAAACAAUCAUUGGCACUCUUCAAACCCAAGUCAGCAAAUUGUCUGUCAAAAAGGGAACUCAGUCCACCCAGUCAUCCUCUACACCAAUGUCUCAGCGCAUUUCUACACCACCUACUCGCAAGGUCUCUCAAGGUACAACACCGCCUUCAAGAACUCCCAGAACACCGGCAACACCUACUCCUCCCCGCAAGAAACAUCCAUUACAACUCCAUCUGACUGAGACUCCCAAAGACUUCAAGUCUUGCAAGAUGAUGUGGGGUCUUUACAGACAAAGCGAUAUUCCCCCAACCCCCAACCCUGGCCUUUUGCAAGAGUUCAAUGCAAAGUUCAGCACGUCUGCAGAAGUUGAAGCGGUCAUUGGCGAUCCGGCCAGCGGCGACAUUAUCGCUCGAGAAUCUAUUCUGUCUUUGAAAGAAUUGCGUGUUAAUGGUGGUAAGAUAGCCAGGGGUCUUGGUCAUAUUGACCAGAUCUCUGUGCUAUAUAUGAAUGGCAUACUGGCAAAAGUUGGGAUCCGGGAAUGGGCACCGGACCUUGAAGAUGCCCCUGAUUCCUUGUACAAUUCAGCAUCCUCCGGAACUUACAACUAUAUGAAUGUCGAACUCAAAUAUGCGGACAACAUCACUUUGUUCAUUGCAACCUAUAAUCAUUACGUACAUUAUGUAAUGGCUGGGAAAUACAAGGCUGAAAAGGCUGAAGCGGGGCGCCUUGCUAGAGAAUCGAACAGAAAAAAUAUCCAAAAGUAUAGGGAAAGACUCCUUAGUGACGAAAGAUUUACUGCCAAAUACCGCGACGCCCUAUCCGAAGCGUAUGAGUUAUCAGAUGAAGAAGACAAUGUCGACCCAGGCCCCAACGAAGCUGAUGACGAAGAUGACGACAAAGAUAUCAAUAUGGGUGGUAAUGGCACGGCUCUAGGUACAGAUGAUGACAAUGACCAGUUUUAUGAACAAGGUGAAUAUGGCAACUUGUAUGAUGAUGAGUGA